GGAAAAGUGGCUCAUUAUAAAAUCGGAUGAAUUCUUCAGUUUGUUGAUUCUUGCCGACAAGUAAAGUAGUCCCGAAUUUUGGUGAUUGUUCUUGACGAUGGGACAACUUAACGGUGAAUGGUUGCCGCCUCGUAUUACCAAAGAUCGAAAUGAUGGCGUGAACGGCAGAUCAGACUCCGAUAAGGAGAAAUAUAGUACGCUGAGCAAUCAUAUCGCCCUGAGUUCUGAAUGUGUUAGGUACACUAAUAAUGAUAUGACGAAUUUACAGAAACUAGCUAAUUUGAUUCUCCAUAAAUCAAAUAUAUUUUAUCAUGGCAUGUUGUAUCAUUUUUAUCCUAUCUGUAGAAGAGCUCACUAUGGACGUAAUGGCAAUAGUCACUGUUUUAUAAAUACAGUUCGUAUUUUAUGUUUCCUAAUAGUUCUGUCACCGGUUUUCGUUAAUGCUUCCCAAUACAGUGAAAUUUCUAUUCUAUUGAGUGAAGAUAGCUUAACAAACAAAAAUGGUGUAUAUAGAGCCCCUGCAGUACUGAGCAAUGGAAAUACUAGCAGCAAUUUAACAUUAAAAAUAGAUGCCGUGCAAGAAGGAAUUGAUCAGCUUAUAUUAUUAUUAAACGAAAAUAAUAGCCCACAUGUCAUUAAUAGUCUCACACAGCAAAACGCAUUGCUCACAGGAAAUUUCACACCCCCUACUCAAGAUGACAAAAUUACAGAGUUGGAAAACGAGAUGAAGAAGAUGAAGGAAGAUAUAAGGAAAUUGUUGGAAACAUCAAAUCUUGCAGCAGAAGACAGACAGCGACUUGCUAGUUUGGAAUCAUCCAUAGAAGCGUUACAAAAACUUCUGGAUAAUCAAAGCCAGCAAUUCAAUGACAAAAUAGAGGAAUUGGAUAAAAUUAUACAGGGAUUAGUUGAUACUAUAAAAGUUCUUAUGGAAGAAAUCGAUAUUCUCAAAAAACGUGCUGCUGAGGAGGAUGAAAAGAAAAGGCUGGAAGGAUUACCUUUAGAGUGCAUUGUAGCUGUAAAGAGUCACGAUUUUGUAACCGCUGAGAGGAAGCUUUACGAGAUUAACGAUGAUAGCAAGAUAAAUUUUAUAAUUAAUAGAGUGUACGAAUAUCAACAGAGUAAUUUUGACUUGGUCCUCAAAUUCGGGGAUAGCAUUAGCGACAAGUACAAAAGUUUCCUGGUUUUCAAAGCUUUGAAUUACGAAACCUUAAGUAACGGUCAUACAGAUGCUCCAAAAAUAAUCAAAUUAAUCGAAAGUUUAAGAAAGGGAAUAAUCAAUCAACAAAGUACUUCGUCGCAAUUGAAAAACGAGACACAAGUGUUUGAAAAUGAACUAUUCGGUUCACUGAAGCCCUUAGUAAAAGAAAAGUUGAAAAACAGUAUACUGAAUGAUCACGUGACAAACGUCGAAAUUACUUCGCUAUGCAAAAGUGUAUAUCGUAUCAGUGCUGAUUCAUUCAGAGAAUUGUUCACCGCAGUUGUUAAUGAAGUUUUUGAACGAAUAGAUUUUAAAACACUACUUUCUCGUAUAAAAAGCCAUACCUUCCUUGAGCAAGCGAUUUUGGGAUAUGAUGCUGUAUUCAGAAAGAUAAGAUACUCUAACAACGAUUAUUUAUUUAGCCUUGCCUACUAUGUUAAAGAUGCUAUCGCUUCGUCUAAUUAUGCCGGACUUGACGCUUAUAGUAAAUCUACCCUAAAUAAUAUUAGAAAUUCACUACCAGUAUCUGUGAGAAAUGCAGUGUUUGCAUCUAAAGUUUGCAUAGUAAACGUCAAGUAUCCAAAAAAUCUCUAUGCAUCUGGAAAAUACCUACAUGAUGGACCGAGACGUCACGUGUUCACAGCGAUGCCUGGCAAUAAUGAAGUUGGUUAUCAAGAAGACCAUUGGAAAUUGAUUCGAGGGAAUGACUAUUUCUUUAUUUACAACGUGGCUCAUCGGGAGUACAUGUAUUCUCCCAGUGAUUACAAAGAUUUUAAACAAGAUAAAGACAGACGAAAGGUCUUCACAUGGACUGCGGGUGACAAAUUCGAUAGUUGCAAGUGGUAUAUUGUACCAUAUGGGAAUAAUGUUAAAAUAAAAAGUGUUGAACGGUCCGAAUAUUUAUAUACAUCGAAUACCUAUACACAUAAUCGGUAUAACCAGAAAAUGUUUACCUGGAUUCCCGGAUCAGUCGUAAGUAAUGGGAUAUGGUCGAUUGAGGAUUGUAGUGGAUGAUGUAUAUUCAAUCUGAAGAAAGAAAAAAGUUGAGAGAUUAUAUCCCUAGGACUAUUGAGAGUUAUGAAAAUAUAUGUUUUUACUUUCAACACACAAAAA